GCACGUUACCGUUUCGCUCCGCCUUCGGCCGCUUUCUCCCGAUUUCCCUCUACUCCUCCUUCCAAAUCCGCUGUUAACUCCAACUUAUCCUAAAUUUGGGAGCCAUGGUGGAUUUGAGGCUCACGAGAGGCUUCAUCUUCUUCGAAUUGGAACCCUAGCGAUCUCCCCUUGAUCCCAAAAGGUGAAGUUUUGUUGGGUUCGGGGGUUACUGGCAUUGUCUUGGUGCAUUAGGAAUCGGGUGGUGGGAUAUAUGGAAUGGAUCUGCGUGUGGCGUCUGUGGCAUGCGUUCGUUGACUGCGGCAAAAUUCGAAAUCCACCCAUCAGAUAGCAGGAGGAGGAGGAGGUGACUGCAGAGGUUCUAGGGCGAAAACAAAGAAGAAACAAGGAUGGGAGAAGAUCUCCUCACCACCUUAUCCAUGGAAAACCAUCACCCAUCCACGCUCCUCUCCAUGGAUCCAUCUGGAGGCCUUUUACUGUCUUCGUCACACGAGGACUCCGACCGUGAGCUCUUGAUCCAGCGGCAUCAGGUUGUCCUUUCUGGUGCCCCGGACAUCAACCUCCCCCUCUCGGCCGAACGUUCUCCUUCCCAGCAAUCGUGGAAUUCAGACCCUUUUGACAUGCUGGAUGUUGGCCUUGGCCCUCAACUCUAUGAUGCAGAGGCAACCCUUCACAUCCCAAAGGUCACUGCUGCUCGCAAGUGCACCAAGCGAGGGGAUAGCAUUUGGGGGGCGUGGUUCUUCUUUAGCUUCUAUUUCAAGCCCAUUCUCUCGGAGAAAUCCAAGGGAAAGGUCAUCUGGGAUGAAAAUGGGGUUAGUGGCUUUGACAAGUCUGAUGUUCGCCACGAUGUGUUCUUGGUUCAGCAUGACAUGGAGAACAUGUACAUGUGGAUUUUCAAAGAGAGGCCAGAGAAUGCACUUGGGAAGAUGCAACUGCGGAGCUAUAUGAAUGGGCACUCUCGUCUUGGUGAGCCACAAUUCCCAAUCAGUGUUGACAGGGGUUUUGUUCGGUCCCACAGGAUGCAGCGCAAGCAGUAUCGGGGACUGUCGAAUCCACAAUGUGUCCAUGGAAUUGAGGUCAUCAGGUGUCCUAAUCUAAUGGUUGUUUGUGAGUUGGACCGCAAAAAGUGGGUGGAGCUCACGGGCAGGGAUCUUAAUUUUUCAAUCCCUCUUGAAGCCAGUGAUUUUGAGUUGUGGAGGAAUCUAACCAACACUGAAUUUGAAAUUGAGAGGCCUCCAUUGAAGAACAUUUCGCAUCCCCAUCCUAAAAAGUCACUUAAUGUUUCGAGUUUGAAUUUAUCUUCACAGUCAAAUCAUUCUAAUGGUGAUGGGAUGGACCUUUGUCCUGUUUGCAGUAAACGCAGGAAGGAUUUCUUCCCUCAUGUUAUGCAUGAGGAUUUCUGCCUUCCUGCAAAUCCCCAUGCUGAAAGAGGUCAAGAUGUGGAGAUGCACGAAGUCGAGCCAUCAUGGUUGAACGAAUUCACUGGUGUUAUGAAGCAUGCAUAUGGACCUGUAACUGCUGCAAAGACAAUAUAUGAAGAUGAUGAGGGGUACUUGAUAAUGGUGAGCUUGCCAUUUGCUGAUCAACAAAGAGUGAAAGUUUCUUGGAGGAACAAUCUUACACAUGGAAUUUUGAAGAUAAUUUGUGUCAGCACUGCCCGAAUGCCUUACAUAAAGAGGCAUGACAGGACUUUCAAACUAACUGACCCUUCCCCUGAGCAUUGUCCUCCAGGGGAAUUUAUAAGGGAAAUAGCACUACCGACACGUAUCCCUGAAGAUGCCAACCUGGAAGCAUACUAUGAUGAAACUGGUGCUUUGCUUGAGAUUAUGGUUCCAAAACAUCGAGUUGGACCAGAAGAACAUGAAGUUCAUGUGUGCAUGCGCCCCCCUCACCUUGGGGCUAAUGAUCUUCUGUUGACCUGAAUAAGUGGUGACACCAUGUGUGCAGCUGGAUGCAUGGUUAGGUUUCCUUUGACUAAUAAUUCUGUACCAUGGAAAGGAAACCUGUCAAUUUGAAGUGCGUCCUUAGUGUUUUUAAUGUUUUUGCUGAUUAGUUAUGAUGCAACAAUUUGCUGAUUCUUGCACCUUGAUUGGGAUUGGAGUCUUUCUGGAAAUUCAGUAGGAAGGUUAAAGCGGAUAACUAAGAUUGAAACUUAAAUUUAUUGUGGUGAACACACAUAAUAUUGGCUUUUCUUUAUGUAGUUAUGUUGUUAUUCCAAUUAUUGAUCCCUAAUUUUUGCCCCGAGAA